AUGCGCACAGAAUGUGCUUCCCUCUGGCCCCGCCAAGAUUACGAGACGAUCACUGGCGCCCAUGUAUGUCUCACACCUCUAGAAGAACGCCACGCUGAUGGACUCUUUCAACACGUGGGCGGAACAGACAACGCUCAUCUCUGGACGUACAUGGCCGACGGACCAUACGAAACGGUUGAAGAGUUCCGUAUCCACAUCAAGAGAUGCGCGAGUUCUGCGGAUGCCUCCUUCUGGGCUGUGGUGUCCCGAACGUCAGGCCAGAUACUCGGCUAUGCCUCAUUCAUGCGAGUCGAUCAAGCCAACGCUGUGGUUGAGAUUGGAAACAUCAUGUACGCACCUGUCUUUCAGAGGACGACUGGAGCUACCGAGGCGUGGUUUCUGUUGGCAGAUCGAGCAUUUACGUCCGGAUUCAGACGACUGGAGUGGAAAUGCAAUACGCUCAACAAGCCAUCAAUGCGAGCAGCUUCGAGACUUGGACACACGUUUGAAGGAAUCUUUCGUCAGCACAUGAUAGUGAAAGGCAGCAACCGGAACACGGCGUGGUACUCUAUCAUCGAUUGUGAAUGGACCAAGGUGAAGGAGGCUCUCGAGGCGUGGAUGCAGGGUGACAAUUUCGACGCAUCUGGGAAGCAGAAGAUGGACUUGGUGGCGAUUCGAAACCUAUUGCGGUGA